UCUCAUCUCCUUUCUCCCCCGCCUUCCACUCAUCUUUCCCCGGCCCUGCCCUGCCGUCGUGCAUCCAUCAUCUCCGGCCAGGCCGCCUUCAUUCCUCUCCCCUCCCCUCCCCUUCCCCUCCGCCUGGUCCGGCCGCCUCCACUUUUCGCACCCCAGAAGCGUACGUCACUGUGUAGCUGCUGGCCGCCAUGGCCACUACAGUCAUGGCCGCGGCCGUCUCCUUCCCGUCCUCCUCGGCCGCCUCUGCGGUCGUCAAGGCGUCGCCGACGUCCCCAUGUGCCGCCCCGCACUUCCUCUCUUACCGCCCUAGGCCCGCGCGGGCCGCCAUCCGGGCGCAGGCGUCGGCUACGGACACCGCCGUCGAGGCGCCCGCCAAGUCCAAGGAGUCCAAGAAGCAGGAGGAGGGCGUCGUCACCAACUUGUACAAGCCCAAGGAACCGUACGUCGGCAAGUGCCUCCUCAACACCAAGAUCACCGGCGACGACGCGCCGGGGGAGACGUGGCACAUGGUCUUCAGCACCGAAGGCAAGAUCCCGUACAAGGAGGGCCAGUCCAUCGGCAUCAUCGCCGACGGCGUCGACAAGAAUGGCAAGCCGCACAAGCUCAGGCUCUACUCCAUCGCCAGCAGCGCUCUCGGCGACUUUGGCGACUCCAAGACAGUCUCGCUCUGUGUCAAGAGGCUCGUUUACACCAACGAGGCCGGAGAGAUCGUCAAAGGAGUCUGCUCCAACUUCUUAUGUGACCUGAAGCCAGGUGCUGACGUCCAGAUAACAGGACCAGUUGGCAAAGAAAUGCUCAUGCCCAAAGACCCCAACGCUAAUAUUAUAAUGCUUGCCACCGGUACAGGUAUUGCUCCAUUCCGCUCGUUCCUGUGGAAGAUGUUCUUUGAGAAGCAUGACGACUACAAGUUCAACGGUCUGGGAUGGCUCUUCCUGGGGGUUCCAACGAGCAGUUCAUUGCUCUACAAGGAGGAGUUUGAGAAGAUGAAGGAGAAAGCACCGGAGAAUUUCCGGGUUGACUACGCUGUCAGCAGGGAGCAGACAAACGCGGCGGGGGAGAGGAUGUACAUCCAGACCCGGAUGGCGGAGUACAAGGAGGAGCUGUGGGAGCUUCUGAAGAAGGACAACACCUACGUCUACAUGUGUGGGUUGAAAGGCAUGGAGAAGGGUAUUGAUGACAUUAUGGUGUCACUGGCUGAAAAAGACGGAAUUGAUUGGUUCGACUACAAGAAGAAGUUGAAGAAGGGAGAGCAAUGGAAUGUGGAGGUCUACUGACUGUUCAAUUUUGCAUCUGACGUUUUGUGUUGUGUGUAUCUGUACUUGAGGCGAAGGUGUACUGCGUAUAUAAUGUAGAUAGUGAGUUUGUUCUGUGUUUUACUAUGGUUAUUUUUUGGGGGUUUUAUAUGUACUCUUAUAUUAUGUCUAUUCGAUUUUUGUUAUGAGUAAUGUCAUCAGUACACACAUGAAAAGAGUGAUGAAGUGGCUCAGAAUUUCCGUCCCCACAAUUUUCUUGUAAAGCUCUUGUGGAUAUUUUUUUAAAUUUUGGUUUAUGUCAAAUGCAGGAGAAGUUUUAUUUA